GAAUCUCGUGUGAUUUAUCGAUGCUUUUAUUUUUGGCAGUAAUUUUUUUUGUGAAUUUGUACAAAAAAGCACACAUCAUUGCAGAUUUAUUGAUGAUUUUUCCGAAUUUUUUUACCAGUAUGAGAAACAAUUCCCUGUUUUUUUUUCUUUUUUGAAAAUUUGUCGAUAUAUUAAAUAAAAAAGGACUCAUUGGAAGUUUGAAUUUGUGAAAAAUAGAUAAAAACAACCAUAUUUUAAUUUGAGGCUAUACACUGGAUGAUCUGUAAUAUGCUAUACUUUAUGGAUGACAUAAAUAAAUAAUUUUAUUUCAAACUCUCUUUCACUUGCUGGCGCACCCUGUGGCGCAUUGAUUUUUCGCAGUGUACUUUUUGACGCGGACUUGUUUUGAUUACUCUUUCACUCUCGCGGAAUGUUGCGGACGGACGUGAGGCAGGCAAUGCACUAAUUCUGCGUGCAAUGUGAAGGAUUAGGAGUUAAUUUUGCAAUAAUAACAUACUGGUAGUGUUAGUGAGCAAUUUUCUAAGCAUUAACUUGACUUUUCCGCGGAAUAAUGAGAAGUCAUACAUAUUUUACAAUUCCGGUUUUCAUAUUGCUGUGCCUCGAACUUCCCGUGGGAGAGUUACUUAUUUGUCAACCCAUCGACUUGCUUUUGGACUCAAUUCCAUCCCAAUUUUGUCGACCGGACGAGAAACCGCGCGAGGAGAGGCAGGAAAACAUCACCUACAUCCUGUACGACGUGAAUCCCGUGGAGGGAUUCAAUUUGCGACGGGAUGUGUACAUUCGCAUGGCGGUGUUCGUGAAGAAUCUGCGCCAGGAUGAGCGAUACAGGAACACCAAGCUCGUCCUUCCGCCGUUUUCCGACUUGUACCACUGGCGAUCGCGGUAUCUGGACCAGAGUCACGUCUUCUGGAACACCUUCUUCGACCUGGACAGCAUGAAGAGAUACACUGAAGUCCUGGACAUGUGGGAGUUCUUCCGGGAGAUUCAAUCCCAGCGGGAGGACAGCAGCAAUGAGGACUUUGCCAUUGACGAGGUGUAUAAGCUGAAGCACUUCCAGGAGAUGUUCGAGAACGGCGUGUUUGAGGACAAGUUCGAGAAGACAAAGUGUGGAGCAACGGAAGCUGUUCAGGAUGGUUUCUUUCACUACAGCAAUCUCACGACGAAGAGAUUCUCCUGCGUGAAUUUCCAGGGAAGCGCCAACCUGCUCAAGGAUCUGCUGGAGAAACUCAAGCCCAAGAAAACGGGACGCAUUCGAACGAUUUUAUUUCUCAACACCGAAGUGGUCCUUCAUGAUUUCUGGGGCAACGACGAAUUCUGGCGAGCCAGACGUUCGAUGCGCUUCAACGAUAAUCUCGUGGAGAAGGCGAAUGAGUUCCGCAUUGAGAACUUCAACGCCACGGAUGAAUUGGACGCUGUGCAGCGUCCGGAGAGGUGGGAGGACGAGCGAGAAUACCGCAAUGCCAUCGGAGGAGACUAUCUAUGUGCCCAUUUGCGCCGAGCGGACUUCCUCUACGGUCGAGAGCGAACGACACCCACUUUGAGGUCGGCGUCUGGGCAGAUAAAGCGCGCGGCGAAGAUUCUGGGCAUAGAUCAGGUGUUCCUGUCGAGUGACUGCUCUCGGUCUGAACUGAUGGACUUGCUGGCGUACAUGAAGCGCUUGAGGGUGUACAAGUACCUGCCGCCAACGCGGUCGGACGGCUUAAAUGGCCUAAAGGACGGGGAGAUUGCCAUAAUUGACCAAAUAAUCUGCUCCAAUGCGAGAUAUUUUAUCGGCACGUACGAGAGCACAUUCACUUAUCGAAUCUACGAGGAGAGAGAGAUUUUGGGCUUCAAUCCUCGCACUACGUUCAACACUUUCUGCAAGAAUGAAGACCUCACGGAGUGUGAGAGGAACUCCCAGUGGCCCAUAGUGUAUUAGGAUGUUUUUGUACCUCGAAUAAUUGUGAAAAGUUUGUCCUAUUUUUGCAUGAGGAGGUUUAGGAGACCAAGAUUGAGUUUAUGCCCAUUACCAGAGUUGUGUGCUUGGGAAUUAGGCGGAAGGGACCUCAGCUAGGACUCAAGCACGCGCAUAGCUUUACUGUUCGGAUAAGAACUAGAGUUAGCAUUGUACUCGACCUUUUUGUAUGGUGUCAACAUCAAGUAAAAUGCAUUUUUUAGAUGUUUGUCAAAUGUGCGAUAAAUUAGAAGGAAAAAGAAAUGUGUAAAUGACUUACCAUUUUUGAAGCAGUCAAUUAAAUGUGAUAAUGUUCCCUUUCCUAGUUCAAUAAAAGGCAUACAAACAGU